AUGAAUCUACCAACAAUCCUGUUCCUGGCCCUCGCCCUCUUCACCUCCGGCUCGAUACAGUGCCACUCCUGGGCAGGGCACUACUACCAGGAUCCCUCGUCUCUGGCCUUCCCCUUCCCCUACGUCUACGGUAACGGGCCUGUUCAGGAACUUGACACAAUGGCGCCGGCGGCCCAAUGCAGCCGGGCUGAGCGGGUGGCCUCGCUCUUGCUUUCCAAGAAAUCUCUUGAGCUUGUCUCAUACCGUGAGAUGCAAUCCCUCUGGGCAGGAUAUGGCUCAAUCAGUGCAAUCACAGCUCGCGCCACCACUGACGCCGCUGCAGAGCAGAUGGACAGUCUCCUUGGACGCCGUUCGGACCGGACCUACCCGCUUGUGUUAAAGUUGAUCGCGCCACCGCCACCGAGCAGUUCGGCCAAGGUAGUUCAAGAUGAGGGACAUCUGCGCAAGAUGCUGAGCUACGGCGUGGAGCAGUAUUUUUACACAAAGAUUGCUCCGGAGCUCGCUGACGAUGUACCCGUGGCCAAGAUUGUUGCCACAGCCAAGGCUGAGGAUGUGAAGGGACUCGAGGUGGAUGAGGCGGAGCUUAAAGGGGUCACGGCCACUGUCAUGGCUGAUCUACGGUCUGAAUUUCCCGUCCCAGGAGGCAGGCGAGAGAGCUUGAACCAGACUCAGGUGAGCUCUUCGCUAGGCUGGUUGGCGAGGUUCCACGGCAGUUCGUGGGAAUGGCUUCCAACAGAGCUGGAUGAAUUUCUUUCACCGCCACUGCAGGAGGCCAAGAUAAGAAGCGAGCAAGGGGAGGACAAGGGUGGACGGAGCAUAUGGCUGAACGGAGGGUACACUUACCUUGCGACGCGGCGAAAAGAGUACCAGUCUCUCGUUGAAGAUAAGAGCUCGGAGUGGUCUGACGCGCUGUGCAAACCCGUCAAAGGCUCGUCCGAGUCAAUCGCAGAGAUUGUCGCCGCCUUUCUCACGCCUAGCGGCCGGCCAUUCGAGACGUAUAUCCACGGCGACGUCAAGUCGGACAACCUCUUCACCACGCGUUCCGGCGACAGGGUGGCCUUUGUAGAUUUCCAGUAUGUUGGUCUCGGUCUCGGGGUAAGCGAUUUGGCAAAGCUAUUCACCUGCUCGGUGCCGCAGGACUUGCUCGUCAGCGAGGACGAAGGAUCACUGCCGGAGGAGUUGGCUAUGGAAAGCGGCGAGAGGAAGCUGCUGGAGGAAUACCUCAACACGCUGCACGAAUUCGCCGACAUGGCCGAUAUCGAAUAUCCGUGGGAUCUGUUUGUGCGGCAUUGGGAGACGGCGUUGGUGGACUGGUGUCGGUUCCAGGCAUCGUGGGGAUUUUGGGGGAAUACCGAGUGGCUCGAGGCACGGGUUCGGUCGAUUCUCAAGGACGAGGGAUGGAGAGAGUGGCUGCUAGCGCAACGUGAAACCGGCGAAAUUUGA